AUGAUCAAGGCGGGAAGUAGAUACGUUACUCCAUCGGGCGCUGAGCUUGUGGUUACAAAGGGCGGCGAUGGGUUGUUGACCGAUGGGGAUAUUCCGUUGCAGGAGAAAGAUUCCGGCAGCGGGUUUGAUGGCGCAGCGACAAGUGCGGAUGCGAUGACUAUCAACCUUGGUCGGCGGUAUCAGGCCGAUGAAGAGGGUGUCACGGUGCUGGUUACGAAGGCCGGGCAGUGUGAAUUGCGUUAUAACGGCGCAUCGAUGGAAGUUCAGCAGCCAAGGAAACUGCCAUCUUCGGACUAG